AUGGCAGUAGCCUAUGAAAAAAUUUCAUGGGUGGCCUCUCUGCUUGUGCUACUUUUAGGCUUUGCCUCAUGCUCUUCACAGCGUGGUGGUGAAUUUACCCACAGAAGCUUGAAUUUUUGGAAAGCAGCCAGUUCCCGUGUUCCACCAACUGGACCUAACACUGGAACAUCAAGAAAAUUCAACUUUGGUACUUUGCCAAAGGGCACUCUAAUUCCUCCGUCUUGGCCUAGCAAAAGAACUUCAAGACCUCCCCCUCCUCCUCCUCAACCUUUCAACUUUGGUACUUUGCCAAAGUACACUCCAAUUCCGCCAUCAGGGCCUAGCGGAAGAACUUCGGACCCUCCUCCUCCUCCUCCUCCUCCUCCUUUUAACUUUGGUACUUUGCCAAAGUACACUCCAAUUCCGCCAUCAGGGCCUAGCGGAAGAACUUCGGACCCUCCUCCUCCUCCUCCUCCUCCUUUUAACUUUGGUACUUUGCCAAAGUACACUCCAAUUCCGCCAUCAGGGCCUAGCGGAAGAACUUCGGACCCUCCUCCUCCUCCUCCUCCUUUUAACUUUGGUACUUUACCAAAGUACACUCCAAUUCUGCCAUCAGGGCCUAGCGGAAGAACUUCGAGCCCUCCUCCUCCUCAUCCUUUCAAUUUCAGGAUGCAGUAUUCCGGGCCUUCACACGGUCCACCUCGCUACGAGAUUCCACCUCCUCCCGCAUUUUAG